UAGUCUCCUGCUCCUACUGUUAAGUCUGCAAAGUAAAGUAUUGGCAUCGUAUUCUUCGCGCUGAAAUGAUUUUCCUCGUGAGCUUCAAGCCAACAACCGCAGAGCCCGACCGUUUAUGCUACUGACGACUUGCCUGCGCUUUGUUUCUCCACAAAUUUCUUUCUCCUUUCGCUUUCUACCUAAAACGACUCCAUUCUCUGCCUCUCUCAGCUGCAACAACAGGUCUCAAUCUGCACGAGUUGCUGCCCUUUGUCAUCUUCUGAAGCAACCACCCCUUACGAUUGGCUCUCACCAGCUGCUCCUCUCAUUUGGAGGGACGUUCGCAAUGGAGACCAACUCACCUUGUACACUGGUUCUAUGCGGAAAGUCAUCUACUGAAACUGAAAUAGCAAAAUCAUUGAAGGAAAAUAGCAUCAUUAAACUCCCUGAUGGCCACGAAGUUUCAGUUCUAUUACAAUCGGAGAUGGUUAUGCCAGUGAAACAGGAUUCUUUCAAUGCCAAAUUGUUCAUUAACUCUCUUUCAACUGAACAAUUUGGUCGGUUUCUCAUUUGGUCUCCGCGGUUGACUUCAACACAUGAUGCUGUUUCUCACAACUUUUGCGAGCUUCCAGUUGGUGCAGUUUGUGUUGCAGAUUCUCAGUUCAAAGGGAGAGGUCGAUCAAAGAAUGCAUGGGAAUCUCCUAAGGGUUGCCUCAUGUUUUCUUUUACUGUACAAAUGGAGGAGGGAAGGAUUGUGCCUCUGCUACAAUAUGUAGUCUCUCUGGCUGUUACAGAGGCAAUUAAGGAUGUCUGUAACAUAAAUGGUUUACCAUUCCUUGAUGUUAAAAUAAAGUGGCCAAAUGAUCUCUACCUAAAUGGUCUUAAAGUUGGAGGCAUUCUAAGCACCUCUACAUAUAAAGCAAAUAAGUUCAAUAUCAGUGUUGGUAUAGGUUUGAAUAUUGAUAAUGAUGAACCAACGACAUGCUUGAAUGCAGUACUAAGAGACUUGGUUAGUUCCUCAGUGCAACUUAAAAAAGAAGAUAUUGCAGCAGCCUUCUUUAACAAAUUUGAGAGGUUUUAUAAUCUUUUCAUACAUCAAGGAUUUAAGUCUCUUGAGGAGCUUUACUAUAGAACAUGGCUACACAGUGGACAGAGAAUUAUAAUACAGGAAAAGAAUGAGGAUGAAAUAGUGGAAAAUGUGGUCACCAUCCAGGGUUUGACAUCGUCAGGCUAUUUGCUAGCAAUUGGUGAUGACAGUCAGUUGUGUGAGCUUCAUCCUGAUGGCAAUAGCUUUGAUUUCUUAAAAGGCCUGGUCAGAAGAAAACUGGAAUGAAGGAUAUUCCUUGGCACAUCCACUGGAAGCAACAUUUCAGUGGAGUGAAAUUGCGAUGCAAAUAGGUCUUCUAUUGCCUUUUUCACUGCUGAUUGGUAGAAACAUGCAGGGCAGAGAGAUCCUUUUUUCAAGUAGCCAACAACUUCCGGAGAUAAUCUUGCCUCUAGUUCAAUUCCAACACUGGUACAGAGAUAUGCCCUACAAUUGUAGGCUACUUUGUUCCCUAACCUUUCCUUGUGUUAAUCCCUUCCUCAGUUUGUGUGUCGUUUUUUUCUUGGCGGUAGGUACAGAAAAAGACUACCUUGCCCCCACAGGACAUUUAAAUUGUUACCCACUGUCUUAGCUGAUGACUUGAUAUGUAUAAAAAUCUAUAUAUUAUAGUUGGGGUAUUAAUGACCACAAACCCAUCUUGAGGAGGGUCCCUAUUGCAGACAGUGGUCUCUUUCAAUACAUGGAACAACACAGAUUUGGGCUGAGUCACCCUGAGAAAGGCUGCAAAAGAGAAACCGAAGUUCGUUCAUUCCUAUUUCUUUGUCGCUGAAGAAAGCAUUUAGGUCCGAUGUCUAAGUUAAGGUCCCACGAUACAGACAUCAAAGCUUAGUUUGUCUGCUGAUUGGCUUCUCCUGCCUUUCUUUGAAGUUAGCCCACACUUCACGAUAGCAUCGACGUUUCAUUUGCGUGUCUCUUCACCACAAUUUUUGGGCUCCAGGAUGACAAAUUAUGGUGCCUGUCGCUAUUAGUUCCUUAACUGCGGGUGAAAAAAAUAAUUGGCAAAGCCUAGUGUUGUUUCUCCAA